GACAGAUCAUGUUCUCCAUGUGGAGAACGUGAUGGAAUCUGACGUUUCUGUCGGUUCCGUGUUAAUGUGAGGAAGGUUCCAGUCUCCUCGCGGCUCCUCUCAGAUCUGAUGGUUCCCUCUCUUCACUGGAGGCGACGAGUGACCUUUGAGUCGCAUGAUUCGUGUCCAGUGGGUGACGGGCGUGGGCCAUGACAGACACCUGUCAGUCACCGUCAACGCUCCCAGCGGUCUGUUAGUGUCGACUGUCGAUGACGCGAAGGGUCAGAUCGACUUUGAGGCUGAGGAAACAGGUUUCCAUCAGAUGUGUUUCAGCAACUUCCACAACCGCUUCGGCACCAUGCAGGUCUUCCUCAGCUUUGGUGUUUACUACGACGGCCACCAAGACCUCGCCGCGAGCAAAGACGAGGAGAAGAAGAAGAAGGAGGAGGUCAGAAAAGACCUUAACAACACGCUGAGCGUCAUAGAGCUUCGCUCGCAUGAGGAGGAGCGCCGACUACUACCUGCUGCUGUCCAACUCGCAGUACGUCACCUGGUGGUCCACGGCCCUCAGCCUCCUCGUCGUCACCUCCGGGUAUCUGCAGCUCCUCUUCCUCAAAAGGCUCUUCAUCAGCAAGACCUGCACCGAGGACGAGAGGCCUCGCUGCUGACAGACUCGGCGUCCUUUGCACGCAGGAUGUUUAGUCCAGCAGAAAGAAGCCGGGGUGAAGCCAGCACCUACGGAUCUGAAUCCAAAAAACAUCCAGAUCUGUCUGUAUGUAUCUAUGGUGGACCCGGAGCCACAAAUGAUACUAAAAGGCUGCAGUGGCCAUUUUUCUUCCUGGUAUUCUAUUUGUGUCCUUGUAUUUCUUCAAGCAAUAUAAAUAAACAUUGCUAUUAGAUGAU